AUGGUCAACUCCUGUUGUGGUUCCAGCUGUGGCUCCUGCUGCUGCAGGCCCACCUGCUGCCAGACCACCUGCUGCAGGACCACCUGCUGCCGUCCCUGCUGCUCCCCCUGCUGCUGUGGCUCCAGCUGCUGUAGGCCCAGUUGUGGUUCCUGCUGUUGUCGCCCUAGCUGCUGCAUCUCCAGCUGCUGCCGCCCUUCCUGCUGUGGUUGUGGAGGCUGUGGCUCCAGUGGUUGUGGCUCCUGCUGCUGUCGCCCCUCCUGCUGCAUCUCCAGCUGCUGCCGUCCCUCCUGCUGUGGUUGUGGUGGUUGUGGCUCCAGCAGCUCCAGCGGUUGUGCCUCCUGUGGUUGUGGUUCCAACUGCUGCUGCCCCGGCUGCUGCCUGCGCCCAGUCUGUGGCAAAGUGUGCUGCCACACUACUUGCUAUCGCCCAACCUGUGUCAUCUCCACCUGCCCUCGUCCCACGUGCUGUGCCAUCCCUUGCUGCUGA